UACUUCCUUCUGAGACAAAUCUCAGCCCGACAUUAUUCAAAGUCAUAAACCACUGUGUGACUACUCAGGGUACUUUAGAACUACAGAAAUGGAUGUGUUCACCUGUAAGCAGUCAUGAGCAAAUCACACGAAGAUUGGAUGCAGUGGAAUUUUUCCUUGGAGGAACGGGGGCACAGUUACUGUUACAAAUAAGAAAACUCCUCAAGAAGGUUGGAAAUAUACAGAAAAUUAUUCUCAGAAUGCAAACAUCCUCUGCUAUACCAAGUGACUGGAAAGUGAUGAUACACACUUUAGACGCAAUAGAAGCUCUUAUAGCUAUGUGCACACCAUACUAUGAGAAAAUAUAUCCUAUUAAAGAGUUGCUUCGAACAAACUUCGACUCAAACAUAAUUGGAAGCGUUAAAUCAUGGCUAAUUCAUGUGAUUGAUAUGGAGAAGACAGAAAAAGAGCAAAGAUUUGUGGUUCGACGUGGAGUGGAUACCACUUUAGACAAAUGGAGUGAAACAUAUGCUUGCCUUCCAGACUUGUUGUCACAGUUAGCAGAAGACGAACUUUCAAAAUUACGAGAAAAUAUACGGACAUGUGGGUUAAUUUACUUUCCUUUGGUAGGUUAUUUGUUAAAAAUUCCAAAAGCUGAAGUAGAAACUCCCGAUAUACAGUUGAGUGGACUGGAUUUCGCAUUUACAGAUAACGAGAUGGCAUACUACCGAAACGAAACUACACGCAUUCUGGAUCAGCGUUACGGUGAUGUGAUGUAUGCCAUUGUUGAUGCUGAAACUACAAUCAUGCAUCAUCUUCAAGACCGCAUACUAGUCUACACACGGAAUAUAUUACAGGGGUCCCAACUUGCUGCGGAAAUAGAUUGUUUAUGCGCUUUUGCCAUGGCUGCCAAACAUAUGGAAUGGACUCGACCGAAGUUAGCGGCUGAAAACUGCAUACAUAUCCAUAAAGGACGACACCCUAUCCAGCAAACAGUAUCUACAAACAUAAUCAAAAACUCAUUCUACUCAGAUGCAUCCAAGCGUAAGAUAACACUGUUGACUGGACCGAAUGGAAGUGGAAAAAGUAUUUACAUGAAAAAGAUCGCCUUAAUAAUUUACCUAACACAUAUCGGAAGCUAUAUUCCAGCUGAAGAAGCAACAUUAUCUACGUUUGAUGCUAUACACGUACUCACAGGCGCAAACUCUUCUGAGAGAGAUAACUUUUCGAACUAUAUGACGGCUCUUCGAAUGGCUUCAGUCUCCUUGAGAAACUUAACAAGUAAAACUUUGAUAAUAAUGGACGAAUUCGCAAAUUCCGUCAAUAAGGUGGAAAUGGAUGCGCUUACAGUUGCAAUUGCAGAAUUCCUGUUAAAGAAGGACGAAUGUCCGUACACUAUCAUAGCUACCCACAACCAUGAGAUAUUAAAGCAACUCCAAAUGUAUGGACCACAAGUGCAGUACAUGACAAUGAAGACAAUCCUCCAUGAAGGAAGAACGCUGUGUCUUUACGAGGCAAUCAACGGUUUGAGCUUAAGUAGUGAAGCAAUUAGUAUAGCAAAUGCAACCGGACUGCCAAAGAAAAUAAUUAAAAGAGCAAUUGCUCUGAAGGAUUCCUCGGCCAUGAUACCCACCACACGUAUGAAGACCAGAAAUAAGAGGUAA